CACUUAUGAAAAACAGCAAAAUAAAAAUCUUCAAUGAUGACUCACUUAUAUUUAGUAGUUAUCAAUAUUACACAGUUCCAUUUUUAUAUACAAUGGCUAUGAUAUUGAUAUCAUACUUUGAAAAUGCUUGGAUAGCAAUUUGGAUUGUUUAUACAUUAAUUCCAUUUUUGGAUGAAUUCUUUUCAUUAGAUCUUCGUAAUCCAACAAAGGAUGAAUAGAUGUAAAUGAUAUAUUAAAUUAAAAAUAGAAAAUUAGAGUAAGAGAUGAAAUUUAAGCUUCCAUUAUAUGCAAGCGUCAUCUUCGAUUGGAUAAGUUUGGUUUGGAUGAUCAAUUUUCUAUUAAAUAAUGAGAUCCAUCUACUAAAUAAAUUAGGGAUAAUAUUUUUAUGUGGAAAUUUGGCGGCUUCAAACAUCAAUAUAGCUCAUGAAUUGUUUCACAAAGAUAAUUUUCUAGAUAAAUUUCUAGGAACUAUAACUUUAGCUAGAAACCUAUAUGUCCAUUUUGCAAUAGAACACAUUUAUGGACAUCAUAGACAUGUUGCUACUCCUAAAGAUCCAGCAUCUUCAUUAAAAGGAUAAAAGAUAUGGCAUUUCUUACCUUAAACAAUAACAGGUUCAUAUCGAUCAGCAUGGAACUAUGAAGCAGAUCUAGUAUAAAAGAAAUAUGGAUCAGUCAUUAGAAUAUAAAAUAGAAUGAUAUGGUAAUUAAUUUAAUAAUAUUCUAGGUAUACUAUUUCCUAUUUUAUUAUUCCUUAUAUAUUUUACUAUUACUUUGGCCUUUUAGGAUGUACCUAUUUCUUAGGAACUGUGAUUAAUAGUGUUGUUUAUCUAGAAACUAUUAACUAUAUAGAACAUUAUGGUUUAAGCAGAAAAGAGAUAGAACCUGGAAAAUAUGAAAAAGUUGAUAUACGUCAUAGUUGGAAUGCUCCUCAUAGAUUAUCUAAUUACUUACUCUUUAAAUUGUAAAGACAUUCAGAUCAUCAUGAAAAUCCUUAUAAAUCAUAUUAGACUUUAUGUUCAUAUGAAGAAAGUCCUUAAUUACCACAUGGUUAUACAGUUUGUAUACUUUUAGCAUGGGUUCCUAAAUUAUGGUUUGAGAUUAUGGAUUUGCAAUUAAAGAAUUGGGAAUACAACAAAAAGAAUGUCACUUCUGAAUAAGUACAUUAAAAGAUGCUUAAUUUCAUAUUCAAGAUAGGAAUUGCUACAACAAUGUUGGCAAGUGCAUCAAUUGCAUUAUGAAUUAU